AUGGCCUCUACCCGUCAGACUCGAUCUCGGAAAUCCGUCAAGACUCGCGACACGUCGCCUUCGUCGGAUGAGGACACUCGCGAGGUCGGCAAGAAAGGAAACGGUACCGUCGUCACUACCCUGGAAGAAUCGGAACCGACCGAAAACAUCUUUCUCUUCUGGCCGAACAUCAUUGGCUACUGCCGAGUUGUCCUCGCCAUUGCGUCUCUAUACUACAUGCCCCUGCAUCCCAGGACCUGCUCCCUGCUCUACAGCAUCUCUUGCCUCCUCGACGCCCUCGAUGGCUACGCCGCCCGCGCCUUCGAGCAAUCGACCCGCUUCGGCGCCGUCCUCGACAUGGUCACGGACCGAUGCACCACCUCUUGCCUCCUCGUCUUCCUCUCCUCCGCCUUUCCACGUUGGGCCAUCAUCUUCCAAGGCCUCAUUGCCCUCGACUUCUCCAGCCACUACAUGCACAUGUAUACCACACUCGUCGUUGGCGGCGCCGAUUCGAGCCACAAGAACAUCGACAAGAGCCAGAGCUGGCUCUUGAACCAAUACUACUCCAACAAGAAUGUCUUGUUCGUCUUCUGCGCCCUCAACGAGCUCUUCUUCAUCGCCCUCUACCUCCUCUCCUUCUCGUCCCCGCUUCUGUCCUCCCACCUCAUCAAAAGCGUCGAGGAAUCGAGUGGAGGCUUCAUCCAGCCUGGCGCGCCCGUCAACACCUCGCUCCUGAGGCAGCUGUUCCCGGACCCCUUCAGCGCCGCCGCCCUCGAGAUCGCCCGCGCCAACAAGAUGGACUCGGCUGUGCCCUGGGCUCUCGCGGGCAUAAGCUUUCCCAUCAUGGCCGCGAAACAGUUCAUCAACGUCGUCCAGCUUGUCAAAGCGAGCAAGCUGCUGGCUGUCGUCGACGUCAAGUCCAGGAAGGCCAAAGGUCUGCCUCGCAAGGCAAAGAACGCGUGA